AUGCUCACAAAAACUCAGAUCAAUAAAUUGAAAAAAGCAAUGAGCCAGGGUACAGGGUCAGAUAUUAAAACAUCAAAAACACAAAUCAGAAAGGCCGUUAGACACGGUGGCAGUUUGUGGGGAUCAUUGUUCAGAUUAGGAAGCAAGUUGCUACCAAUGGUCAUGCCAUUAGCCAAAAAAGCUGUCGCACCGCUUGCAAAAGGUGCCUUAUCAGGCAUAGCCAGUCUCGGUGUGGAUAAAAUAUUCGGAAAGGGCCAACGAGGAGGUUUUCUUAUUCCACAGGAUAAAAUAGCACAAUUGAUUGCGUACAAAUAUUUACUAUCAGCGGGUCAGAAGAGGGAUAUUCUUAAUGCUCUUCAAUCAGGCAGUGGAUUGGUUAUCAGACCAACAAAAACGCAGCAGGGCUGGUUUUUAGGAACUCUACUAGCAAGUAUAGGAGUCCCCCUGUUACUAAAUGCAUUGACAGGAAAAAAGGCUCCAGGCCGACAGAACCGGUUCUGCUAAUACAACAUCUUUUUAUGUUCCCGAUACAACCAAUGGCCAUGGAAUGAUUACCCCGUAUCCCUACAUGCCACCAUCCUUUGUUGGAACAUGGAAUAACCCGGUUGGUGCGGGAGUUAAAAAAAAAAAGAAAGGGAAAGGGACUACUUCUCGGCCCAAACAGUCCAUUCAAUUCAAUCCCAAUUCUAGGAAGAAUUCUAUAAGAUUCAUAAACAAACCGUUAUCAAAUAUUGAUUUGUUACAAUAAGUUACACAGUCAGGAAUAAAAUAUUUCAGGGGUAUCUACAUCCGUGAUAAUUUACCAAAUAAAAUACACAAAUUGGAAACAGGAAUAAUUAAUCUCGAUGAUUCUACUGGGGGAGGCAGUCCCUGGAUUUGUUAUAAUAUAGAAACGUGGAUAAACAAUAUUGUGAAUAUUGUGACCCAUUCGGAUUGAUUAUGCCCAAUGACAUUAAACAUUACCUGAAAACAAGCGGUAAAAAAAUGGUGUACUCAUAAGAUGAAAUACAAGAAAGGGACAGUGUUUUGUGUGGUUAUUGGUGCUUAUAUUACCUUCUGGAGAGACAAAAUGGUCGACCAUUAUUAGACGUUAUUCACAACCCCAAAGUCAGUCUCACAGAUCAACUGGUAAGUCACCAAUUUCUUAUAAACUAUUUUAUGUAAUUCAUAUACGUAGAAUGUCAGAAAAGUUCUGUGUUUAUUGCCAAGAAGUUACCCCGAAUUAUGUAAAUCAAUAUGGAUGUUUUGAGUGCUGCAACUGUGAGCCCUUGAGUGAGAGUGAUUAUGAGUCAGAUAGCAGCCAUGAUACUUAUAUUCCAGACAGUAGCGACACUGAUUAAACAAUAUUUAUUACCCCUAUAAUUAUAAGAAACUGCUACCCUGUCAAAGCGACGGGUCAGGUCCUAGACCAUUUUUAUAUAACAUACAAACAGAAUGUGUAGAGCCCUCUGGCUACAAAACUGUCAAAAAUGGUAGACUAAUGUUUUGGUGCACUUGCGCUGAAUGCAGAAUAAAAAAAUUCAAAUUUUUGAAGAAGGGAAAGUAAUUGAGCCCUAACAAGCUGGGAGCGAUUUAUUUGACACCGUUGUAGGGAACCGCGACUGAUCUAUUUGUCCCCCACGGACUCCCUUGGAUGGGUACAAAAGCAGUUGAAAUGGGACGAUAUUAUGGUUCCGAGGCUCUAAGAAACCCUAAAUUACAGAAAAAAGCUAUGGAUUACGCUUUGGAUAAAUUGAAUCCGAUGAUUCAUAAUGUUGGUUCUCAUGCUCUUAACCAAUUAUCAACCAAAAUACGACCAAAGAAAAACUAUAAAACAAACAGGAAAGAUCUUGAUGGAGGUGCAAUAGAUAUCCAUAAACAGAUUGGUAAAUUACCAAGACCAGCAAGCGGGUGGACCUUACUAGGCCAUAAAUACACAGGGCCCUAUAAUGAUCUAGAAAAUCAAGUAAAAUAUAAUCCAGAAACUGGUGAAAUAUUAGAAAUUUAUGAUCAACCAACUGGGCCGACAGAUGCAAUAUCGAUGCAGCACGAUGUCGAUUAUAGUGUCUGUAGAGAUAACCGGAAGUGCAAAAAUAAAGCGGAUAGAAAAAUGGUAAAAUCGUUGGAUGCCGUUCCUUAUAGUGAAAGACAAUGGGGCCACUGGUUAGCUAGAAAUCUAAUAAGCACAAAACAGAAACUCGGACUUGGUUUAAACAGAAAAAGCCGUCGGGUAUUAGUUGGCAACAGCAAUUAGCGGACGAAGUACAUAAACCCAUAAAACGCAACUUUACUCGGCGGCAUGCUAUCACAACCGGUAUUGACAAAAUUUGGUGCUCAGAUCUAGUUGAAAUGCAACAGUUCAGCAAAUGGAACUAGGGUUACAGAUAUCUUCUCAUUGUACUAGAUCUAUUCUCCAAAUAUGGCUGGAUUAUCCCAUUGAAGGAUAAGAAAGAGGAAACUGUCACAGAAGCCUUCAAAUCCAUCUUCAAAGAGGGCCGUAAACCACAAUAUCCUUGGACUGAAAAGGGGAAAGAAUAUUAUAACAAAAAUAUGAAGGAAUUAUUGGAAAAGAAUAAUAUAACACUAUACUCAACCGAGAAUGAGGAAAAAUCUAUGUGUAAGUGUUUGUGAAAGAUGGAACCGUACAAUUAAAACCAAAAUGUGGAAACAGUUUACUGUCCAGGGUAAUACUCAAUGUCUUGACAUACUACCAAAAAUACUGAAGCAGUACAAUAACACCAAACACAGUUCCAUUAAAAUGACUCCUGUAGAAGCUAGUAAAAAGAAGAAUGAAAGUACCCUGUGUUUUAACCUAUAUGGUGAUAUGAAGCAAUUGUCAUCUAGACCCAAAUUCAAAGUUGGGGAUUAAGGAUAAGGUUAGGAUAAGUAAGUACGAGAGAAAGGUAUUUGAUAAAGGGUAUACACCUAAUUGGACAGAGGAGAUAUUCCUGAUCAAUAAAAGCCAAUCCACAAAUCCAAUUACCUACAGAUUAAAGGAUCUCAAUAAUGAGGAAAUACAGGGCAGCUUUUAUGAACCUGAAUUACUUCCGGCAAAACAGGAUGUGUUUCGCAUUCAAAAGGUCAUUCGAAGGGAUUGUAAUUAUAAGAAGAAACAAGCUCUCGUGAAGUGGUUAGUUUAUAGUGACGACUUUAAUAGUUGGAUUCCAUUGAGCAGCUUGCAAGAUUUAUCUAACUAAUAGUAUAUGGACGGUCAUAUAAGAAAGCUUGAUACUAAAAUCCGCAGUAAGGAAACUGAAAUCAAUGCUGUUUACACUAAAAUCCAAAAAUUGGAGGAAGAGAUUGCCACAUUACAUCACAAAAAAUUAAUCUCCAUUAACUAGAAUCCGCUGAGAUGUCAUUAACCGGUGUCCUAGAAGUGAUCUUUGAAACGGAGGAAGAAGAGGAGAACGAGUAAACUACCAGCGUCCAUAAAACGUGGACGGUGGAUUGGGGCCCUGAAACGGGGCGUCAACAAAAUCCCUCAAAUGUUGGGGUGGACGUUUCGCCCCCUCAACAAAAUGACACAAGAGGAAAAUAAAUUGAGACAGCUUUGUUGGGGUCGUGAAACGCGACCUCAGGUCCAAUGUGCUGAAACGGCACCUCAGGCUCAGCAUAUUUUUUAAUCUAUCAUAUAUACCAUUUUAUUGGUCUGUGUGAUAGAAAAUUAUGUAACCUAUAUAUAUGGUGUAUAUGAUAGAAAAGAAAUAUAUCAAUCAAAAUAUGAAUAUCGAGCUGACUUCAUAUAUUGAUAAGAAGCAAAAUAUUUGGUUCCGAGGAAAGGACAUUGCUCAGAUCCUAGGUUAUAGUGACACAGAUGAUGCUCUUUUACGACAUGUUGAUAAAAAGUAUAAGAUGAAAUGCCUUCAAACCUCACCCGGUGUUUCACCGGGUCAGGUCCGUUGGUAUACUUUUAUCAAUGAGCCCGGUUUUUAUGCCAAUGUUUUUGGUUCAAAAAUGGAGAUUGCAAUAAAAUUCCAAGACUGGGUAUUUACUACUGUGUUACCAUCUAUCCGUAAAUAUGGCCAAUAUAAACUAUUUGAUAGUCCCUGGAAUAAGAUGGUUAUGAUUGGCAAUGAGACUGACCUCAAUUAUAAAGGAGUGGACCUCAUAAGAAAGUACUAUCCAGAUUCCAUUUCAGUAGCUGGUCUGGGUGAAAAUCAGGAUACUGAGGAUAAGAGACUGGAUUCACACAAAAAGGGAUAUAUGAGAGGACAGCCUGAUCUAUUGGUACUUGAUUAUCACAAAGAUUAUAAAGGCCUGGGCAUAGAAUUCAAGAGUCCUACAGGUAAUUACUAUGUAUCAGAAGCCCAAAAGGAGAUGAAGAAGAAGUACGUUAAUAAUGGUUGUGCAUUUAUACUCAGUGAUGAUUAUGAUAACAUCUGUAAAAAUAUUCAUGAAUACAUGAAA